AUGAUAUCAGAUCUGUCAUUUUGGAUCCAAUUUGUACAUGAUUCAGAUCUAACAAUUGAUGAAAGCAUUCUUUUGCAAUAUGGUGCAAGAUUAGCUGAUCGAUUUUCAACAAUCGAAGAACUAUUAACUGCUGAUGAAAAUGAAUUUAUUAAUCUUGGCAUAAUUAGUCAACUUGAUCGUGUUUGUUUAAUUCGACACGCUCGUCUUUCGUGUGCUAAAGAACAUGUUGUGUUAGCUAAACAGUUUACUGCUUCGAAACCUGUUCUUGAAAAUUGUCAUGGUAAUCUGUCACGUCGAAAAACAAAAUCUAAUUUAUCAUCAGCAUUAAUUUCUCGAAUUUCGUGUCUUAAUCAUCCUUCUUAUGCUGAAUUCACAAAUGGCAAUGAUACUUGUCUCUCGGAACAAUCAAUUGAGGUUCCUGAACGAACUGUGAUUGAUAAUACUGAUGAUAAAAUUCAAAAAUUAAUUGAGUCAUAUCAAACAAAACCUCCAAGAACAUCAAGUCAAGGAAGACGAACAAUAAAAACAUUUUCCAAUUCAAUAUUAUUAAGGAAAAAGAUGAUUGCUGGUACUGAUCGUUUGAAAAGAUUAACAUUAUCAAAAUCAUUCUUUAAACGACAAACAGCAUUGAUGACACAAAAAGUAUCAAACAUGACCCACAGAAUUAUAAAUCCAUCAGCUAAAAUAAAACAUAAAAAUGACCGAACGUUUCUUAAUCAUAUAAAGCCAGCGCCAUGUCAAAUAGAUAUGAAUGAUUUGAUAGAACAAAUGGAAAAUCGAAAAGCACAGGUCUCAACGUGCAAUAAUGAAAUGCAAGCAUCAAGUGAUUUUAUUUUUCAUUCACAUGCAGACGAUUCAACAUCUAAUGCUCAUCAACUGGUUCCAACAUUAGUCAAUAAACAAUUCAAACUCGGUGCUCCAACAACUUUUUUAACACGAUCACUUGCUCAUUAUGAUUAUACGAAAUGA